GAAAAAUGAGAAAGAAAGAAAGAAAAGAGGCAGAAGUUUCCAGCUCAUUUGUUUUUAGUCAAUCUGUGUUUUGUGGUGUUAAUGAUUUCUAGUGAGGGUACAAAGAUAGGGGUAUAGAGAGGGUGUUGAUGCCAUAUUGGCCAUGCUCCAGUGAACCUUCAGUCAAGUACUCUGAUACAGAAGAGGGCUGGGAAAGACGAGACACGGCAAAAUAGGCAAAGACAAAAACGGGAGAGGAAGAGUGUACAAAAGACAUUCAAGAGCGAAUGAAAGACAGAAGGAAACCAAGCCACAUACAGUUAGGGAGGCGAACUUAAUUUGACUUUAAACUAAGGAGGUGCUGAGUCAUGUCACUGGAAACUUUGGACAAUUAAGUCCAGACAAACAUAACCUCCUCUUGCAAGCGACGCACUCGUAUCCCUUUCGAUGAAUCUGUCAACAAUGGCAUAAGCCUGAGACACCCACUUCAAACAGGAGCACCACAUGGAGCAUCUACUUCAUACUACAGUAUAACUUUAUUCUUGGAUGCCGGCAGUAAGACACCAAUGAAGAUGUCAAACACUGGAUGAAUAGCAGCGUGGAGGAAGUGUUUUCAUAACCCUGACAUCAAGGACGUCUACUGAACUGGGACAAGCUUAAUCAGCUGACUUUUGUAAAUAAGGGAAAAUUUUGUGAAUUCUUAGCAAUUUAUAAAAAAAAAUGUUUACGGAAUUCCGGUAAUUCCGUCAAAUUUGUAGAGGUACGCACUUGAACAAGGACUCUUGUUUCUGGGUGAGGACUGUCAUAUCAAUUGGAAUGCUGAUAUAUGCGAUAAGCAGGCAUAUCUGAGCUAAAGGGCCAGUGUUGCACAUCAGCAGGAGAGAGAGAGAGAGAGAGAGAGAGAGAGAGAGAGAGAGAGAGAGAGAGAGAGAGAGCGCUUCUCUUCAGUGCACUAAGCCUUAUCAUCUUACCUGCAGACAGUAGAGAGGGAGGCAGAAAAGAGCGAAAAAUCCAAACAGGAGUUUGAUAAGCACGAGUAAAUCUAGGUUCAAUGAGGACAUCUGUUUAGCGCAAGCAACGAGACAAAAACGGGACACCGAGCGGUAGAUGUGUGCAUGUCUUUAAAAAGACAGGAAGACUGAGGAUAAAAGAGACGGACAGGAAAAGAUGCCAGAAAACAAGCAGACUCUCCAGCGGACUGGAAGCUAUCUAUCCCAUUCUGCUUACAGGAAGAUAAAAAGAGUCCUGAGCUUUAAAAGACGUGUAUUUGGUCAAAGGUUGGAGGAGACUGUCCUGUAUGAGAGGAGGUACGGGGAUCACAUGGCCCCUCUGGUGGUGGAGCAGUGUGUAGGUUUCAUUCGGGAGCACGGCCUUACAGAGGUGGGACUCUUUCGGCAGCCUGGCCAGGCCACACUGGUUAAAGAACUGCAGGAAGCUUUUGAUGCUGGAGAGAAACCAUCCUUUGAUAGUAGCACAGAUGUGCACACAGUGGCGUCUCUGCUGAAGCUAUAUCUCAGGGAACUGCCUGAACCCCUGGUGCCAUAUUCCCGCUAUGAAGAGUUUCUUGUUUGCGGCAAAAAGAUCCCCUUAUACAGAGAACAGGGUUUGCAAGAGUUGAGGAGUCUUCUUCAUGAGCUUCCUGUGGCAAACUUUAACCUGCUGAAAUACAUCUGCCAAUUUUUAAAUGAUGUCCAGUCAUACUCCAACAUUAACAAGAUGAGCAUCCAGAAUCUGGCAACUGUUUUUGGGCCAAAUAUCCUCCGGCCUAAAGCUGAAGAUCCAGAAAGUAUCAUUGGAGGGGCAGCAGUUGUGCAACAUUUGAUGUCAGAACUAAUUCGAGAGCACACCUUGCUCUUCUCUAGAGACAGCUGCAACCUUCCAGAGGCUACUUUACCAUCAAUCCAUCCUAUUCACAGACAAAGCAACCUUGUGGAAUGGGUGCAUGGUGAAGUACCUACACAGAGUGACAAUCACACCCUACUUUCAGAUCAGACUUCAGCUUGUCCACUUAAACUUUCUCUGCCACAUAUGAAAGAGAAGAGACAGUCUGUUCAAAGCCCUUGUGACAAAAACAAUUUAUCAGAGACAGAUCAACAGCUUACAGAGGGCUCUUCAUCUGCCAGCUCUGCCCUGAUUUAUGACAACUGCAAUCAACAAAGCUCAGCACGUGAAUUUCUCCACACAAGACAUGAACCUCCACCCUCCACUCCACCACCUGUAUGUGUGAACAAGGUGCUGGAGGAUGGAGUUGAAAGUCGUGUGCAGUCAAGGAGCUGGCCUGAUAUGGAGGAGCCCAUUUGGGGACCAGAGAGAACACUAGGGGAGAGUGGAGCCCUGGACAGUACCCUGUCCGUCUAUGACAAUAUGGGUAUUGAGGAGCAUCAAGGCGAAGGAUAUACAGAAGACAAGAAGCUGAGCAUUAGUAUUGUGGAGACAAAAGGUGGUACUGCUAGUCCUGCUGAAAGCAGCAACUCUUGGUCCUCCUGUGAGAUUACGCCUUUGGAUGGGAACAGUGAGAGCAGCGGAGAAGCAACUCCUUGCCAGGAUUCCCCUGGACACUUCCACUCUUUCAGGAUGGACUCUUGUGAGGAAGGCCCUUGUCCUUACUCCCCUGCCUCCUCUUCUGCUCCCACAGAUGCCCCUUUAAGUACGGGCAGCAGCGAGGUAUUUUUGCCAAAUGCUCCCCAUGAGCCCCUAGGCUUUCCAGCCUCCCAUGCCAUGCAAUGCCUUGUUGCAGGGCUUCGGCAACAGAUGGCCAGGCAAAAGGCUGAAUAUGAAGCAAAAAUCAACAGGUUGGAAGAAAGAAACAAGGUACUACAGGGGGAAGUCACAGGGUUGCGUUCCACUCUGGAGCAGCAGCGCCGCUGGGUCAGCGUGGCUGAGAUCAAGAUGCGAAAUGUGGAGCGAGCCCGUGCUGACGCCGACAGACGGAACACCACUCUGCAACGGGAGAUGGAACAAUUCUUUGAAACAUUUGGCGAGCUGAACACCGAGGCCCGAAAAACCAGUCGGAUUGUUCAGAGUUUUUAAAACGUUCACAUGUUGUGCUACAAACCAGACUCGAGCAGAAAAGGUUUUCAUGUUUCCGACAACAUUCAAACAGCCUUCCGAGUGUUGUUUCAGGCCUGUAAAAACAAGGAUGCAUUCCUGAGAAAACAUUGCCCUAUUUUGAAGUACAGUUCACUUGCCUGAAGAACUUUCUGGACUAGAAUGUGCAAAGUAAUAUUAAACCAAAAGGCAAUUUCUGCCAUGUAAGCAAUGAAAGAUAAUGGAAUGACCCAAAAGUAGGAUCAAAUAUAAUGAUGACUAGUAAGCAUGGAUACCAAGAGAAAAGAGAUACUGAUGAUCAGCAGACACUAUGCUCUUCAAAUAAAGGCUUCUAAAAGGAUCUUUUGGGUCUAUGACGAACCUUUAACAUCCACAGAACCUUUGCGUUGUUGCACAAUGGAUUCUUUGUAGUGGAGAAAGGUUCUUCAGACAAUGAAAAAGUAGGAAACAAACCUUUCUACUGAAAGGUUCUUUGGGGAACCAAAAUCAUUAUCUUAUGGCAUCACUGAGAACCUCUUUGAGCAGCUUCUUUAGGGCAUGGUAUGGAGUGCUCAAACUAGUCAAACGAACCAGUGUUUUGGGGUGAGAAAAGUGCGAGUACACCCUAAGAGUUUACCCAGAUAGCAAUAGUUGGCAUACUGUCCAAAAAAAAGGUACAAAACUUUACCUUUUCUGUCACUGGGGUGGUACCCUCAAAGGUUAAUUUUUGUACCUUUAGGGGGUAUCCCUUUGGGGGUACAAUUCCCUAAGGACCUAUUGUGUACCUUUAAGGACCACCCCAGUGACAGAAAAGAUAGUUUUGUACCUUUAUUUCUGACAGUGCAACUCUGCAGAUCCCAGAGUCUAUUUUUAUCUGGGUAAGGAUGCUUUAAACAGAUGUUUCAGAUCAGUUUAAUGAGAAAACAGAGUUAGAAAGACUUGGUCUCGGUUGUGGAACACUACGUUUCGAUUUCUUUUAUUCAGUCAUGUGUAAAUAACGGGACAUAUUCACACCUUGUACAAAACGCAUCAAGUUCGUACACUGAAUGUAUUUGUACCAUAUGAAGUGAAAUAAUAAACAAGAAGCAGUGCUUUCAUUUGAGUAUUUUAUUUGGCCAGUUGUAACAGAGGUUUAAUUCUUCCACACAGAAAAAAAGAAUCCCUAUUACUCUAGAACAGUGUUUCCCAAUCCUAGUCCUCGAGUGCCCCCUCCCAAUUUUUAGAU